GGCGGUGACGGAGCGAGGAGGCCGGCGCCGGUUCAGAGCAGUCGCAUCCGGAGGGGGCAGGCAGGGCCUGGCAGCUGCGGCAGGGAACCAGGGCGGUAGCCGGGAGGGGAGAGCGGGCGCGGAGGAGCAGGGCUCGGGCCGCGCCGCUGUGUGUCCGCGGGCGGCCGGGAUGGAUCACCACCAGCCCGCCAGCCGCUACCAAGUGAGGUCUUGCGUUUUGAUCCACCUGUUAUAAAAAGGGGAGAGGGCUGCUGAUAGUUCUUCAUAUGGGCUCCUUCCUUCUGAAAUACCCCAUUGCUCCAAGGUCUGAAAUAACCUUCUUGGCAUACUGUAAAGCCCAUCUGAGCAGAAUUGGCAGAGGAUGGAAGUUGCUGAAAGUCUAAUUCAUAUGCUUCACAAUGAAGAUGAUCCUGCAGAGUCAACUAUUGAGGAGCCAUCCACUUCUACAGAGACUGCACAAAAUUUUCAACCAGCAGCUUUAUCUGAAGCAGAUGUUUCUCCUCCACCUUAUUGUAGUAUUGCUGUAGAAGCAGCUGCAACCUCAGAAGCACAUAAUGAAUUUUAUCCUGUACCACCUCCAUAUAGCGUAGCUACCUCUCUUCCUACUUAUGAUGAAGCAGAGAAAGCCAAAGCUGCAGCAAUGGCAGCUGCUGCAGCAGAAACUGCCCAAAGACACGGCCAGUUUAGGGAGUCUAGGAGUCUGUUUGAUGAAAUAUUCCUCAGUCCACCAGAGGAAGAAGAAUAUCCACCUCGAGAUGACUUCAGUGAUGCAGAUCAACUUAGAGUUGGCAAUGAUGGCAUCUUCAUGUUGGCAUUUUUCAUGGCAUUUAUUUUCAACUGGAUUGGAUUUUGUUUAUCCUUCUGUAUAACUAACACCAUAGCAGGAAGGUAUGGUGCAAUCUGUGGAUUUGGCCUAUCGCUGAUCAAAUGGAUUCUCAUUGUACGGUUCUCAGACUACUUUACUGGAUAUUUCAAUGGACAGUACUGGCUUUGGUGGAUAUUUCUUGUACUUGGUCUCCUCCUGUUCUUCCGAGGGUUUGUCAAUUACCUUAAAGUCAGAAACAUGUCUGAAAGCAUGGCAGCUGCUCAUAGAACAAGAUUUUUCUUCUUGUAUUAGAGACUGCAUCAACCAGACAUUCCUUUCCUUUACCAAUGUGAAAUUUCCAGAUGAUCAGUAACCCUCCAAGUUAAUAAGAUAGAAGACUACUAAAAACAGAAGACAAAGUUUUGAAGAAAAGAUACAGCUUCUAAAAUGAAUGACAGGGUGGUUUUUGCUUAAGUGCCAGUUCUGUUCAUUCUAGUAAAUAUUUAUAUUAAGUGUUGCCUUUGUUUUUGCACAUUUGCAUAUGUGCUAACUAAAGGAUAGGAUUGAAAUGAAAACAAACCAUACAUACAGUCUAAUUAUAGAGCUUAAGUACAGUCAGACUUGGUUAAUCUGUGUUUGUUGUUUGUGAAAGCUUUAAGUGGCAGUUUGUCUCAUAGCAUGUUUGUGCCAUUGUCUUGUUGAUAUGAAAUUAAAUUGAAAGUAAAAAUGGAAUACAGUAAAUGAUUCAGAUUAACCAGGUCAGACUUAUAGUUAGUUUUUUUUAAUAUAAUUUAGGUUCAUCUAAUGAUUGUGCAACAUGCAACCUUUUUGUUAUAAAGUUUACUAAAACUUGCAGCUUCUGAUCAUAAUAAACCUGUAUUGAUCGGCUUUUAUGAAACUCUCUGACCAAAAUAUCAAUUGAUUUAAAAAUGAAAUACCCCUUCUAGCUCCUAUGUAAAUAACUAUUCAUAGAUUACUGUUUAGAUUGCUUCUUAGGAAUUAUGUCAAAAUUUUAUUUGUAACUACAGUAUUUUCUCAUUCACUGUAAAUUGUUUAAUCUUAAUAUGGACAAUAUAUAUACACACUUUUUUUUGCUAAUUUGGAUGUUAAAGUGUAAUUUUAUUUUGGGUAAUUCUAAAAGAGGGUAAAAACUUUAAAUGUCCAUCUGAACAAUUUACUUUUUUCACAGUAUGAUUUGAAUAACUAAUUUGGGCCUGAUCCUGAAAACCCUUUCUCAUAUGGAAAGUCCCAUUAAAAGGGACAGACAGCGCUACUUUCACAAGCAAGUAUUGGGACAUCAGGCCUGAUUCUGUAAUUGGAUCCAUGUAGUUGGGCCUCUACUUCUGCAUAGGUGCAAUUGCAAUCAGUUCCUUGGUUUGUAACAUUGAUCAUCUUACUUAAGAAGGUUUGUGUUUAUAUAAACACAAUCUGUUUUAUUUAAAUUUCUCAAAAGGGCUUUUAUAGCUGUCUUACCAUGCUUGUUUAGAAUAAAUACUCCAAUGUUACAUAAGAAUGAAGCUGAUGAGUACAUUUUUAUUGUCACUUUGGAAAUAACUUUUUUCUUUAUGGGUGUUUUUAUUUGUUAAGGUUGUACUAGCAAAAAUAGGAACAAUGGGCUCUUGAUAGUAUUUACUUUAAAGUAGUGGUAUUAUUCUAAAAUAUAUCAUCUCUAGAAGGGUGCAUUCUCCUGUUCAUACACAUACAUAACUACCACUAAUGUCUGUGAGACUUAUGAUUCUGACACAAUGGGAGAAUAGACCUCUUAAUUCUUUACUACAACUGGAAUCUCAGUUAAAACCAGUAAUCAAUAUAUUUUUGCAUCUUUGAAAAACAUUUUAUUUUCUUUUUUUGUAUUGGAGUUUUGCUUUAAUGCUAACAUUAAAAGAAUGAGAUUUAUGUUGUCUUAAGUUAGUGCUAUAUUCAAUUUUGUAUCUAUACUGAAUGUUUUAAAAAAUGCAUAUGUAAACUGGUCACAUUGUUCAUUUAUUCUUAAUCUUUCAAAACUACAUAAAAGGUAAAUGAUCAUGGACUAACACUUCAGGGGAAAACUCUUCUUCUUUCCAGCCUUUCCUGAAAAAAAUAAAAUAAAAUUCAUUAUGUUUAAUAGUUGA